AAUGUCCCCCAUCCCAGCCGAUCAGUGGAGCAGUGGGCGGGGCAGAUCAAACCCAGCAUCAUUAUACAGGGGCUGAUUGACACUCAAGCUGACGUUGUCAAAACAGGUUCCGCUUCAUGUUGCUCAGUGUGUGAGAAGUUAGGGGAGACAACUCCGGGAGCCUCAUGGUGUUCUGAGUGUCAAGUGUCCCUCUGCGAGAGAUGUGUCAAGAUGCAUGGUGCAAGUCCAGCAUCACAUGACCAUGAAAUCUGUGACCUUUCAGGAGAGGUCAAGGUGAAGAAGAGACGCAAGGUCAUGUGCAGGGAACAUAAGGAUGAGGUUAUAAAGCUUGUAUGUAAAGACUGCCACAAAGCUGUGUGUCAGACAUGUUGUGUUGUUUACCAUAGGAAAUGUGAGUCUGUCGUUACCAUUCAGUCAAUGUUGCCAAACCUGAAAUACCAUUUAAGAAGGCAUGCUAAACAGUUAUCAAAGAAAAUACAUAGAAAAGAAACAAUUGUUAAGAAAACAGACGAGAAAAUUAGCGGAAUUGAGAAAAACAAAAUAGCAGUCGAAAAUCACAUUAAAUCUGCUGUUGAGAGAGCCAUCGCCAACAUCAAGCAGAAAGAAAAACAGCUGAUGAAUGAAGUCAAGGAUAUUACAGACAAACAAACUAAGCAACUUAAAGCAGUUGUUAAACUUGACAAGAUUGAGAUGCAGAUGUACAGACAACAUUGUGAGUUCAUUGACCAGGCCUUGGUAUCGGACUGUGAGAUGGACCUGUAUGACGCGUAUCAGGCCCAGGAGUCGGGGGCUGUAGAGUUGGGGGAUGUCAGGGACACAGACACAGCAGACACACCGAGAAUAGAUGACAUCAGGUUCACACCUGACACUGACAACGUCCAGCACAUCCUAGAUGACCUACAGCUGGGGAAGAUUGACGUCACAUACCAGGAUCAGGGCACAUGUCUGCCGUCUCCAGUGCGAGUUGACGUGAUAGAUGGGAGGAUAGUGGGUGAUAAGGAGGAGCCUGGGCUACGUGACGUCACAGUCCUGGUUGCAGAUGGUUUACAGACAUGUGUUGUCACUGACUACGACAACAAGUGUGUGAAAUCUUUGUACACCAGAAACAACUUGACAUGCCACAGUACACUUACCCUGGGUGACUCUCCAUGUCGUGUAACACAGUUGAAUGAGAACCAGGUGAUGGUUUCUGUCCCUGGCAUAAGGAAGAUUGUAACAGUAGGAGUGACCCCUGACCUGUUGUUGCUCUCAACCAUCAAAACAAGCAAGGAAUACUACAGUCUCGCUGUUCUGAGUCCCUCAUCUCUAGCAGCGGGUACUACCAACUGUGUUGAUAUCCUUGACAUGGCAGGACACGUGCUGAGGUCAGUCACUACACACAACAAUGAGACACUGUUUACCCAACCCUGGUACAUGUGUGUGAACAACAAGGGCAACAUACUCGUAUCUGACCCGUGGAAGAAGUCUGUGACAUUUCUGACGUCAGAGGGGGAUGUUGUGUGGAGAUACGCCCCUACUGGAGACAGAGCACUCGACCCUUUUGGUAUUUCAACUACUACAACUGGAGACAUCCUGCUUGCAGACAGUAACAAGGUGAUACGGCUGACAGGGGGUUAUGUCACAGAUCAUCAGGACAUUGGCUGUGAUCCAUAUGGAUUGUAUGUAGAUAGACAUGACACACUGUAUGUUUGUGGUGGAGAUCAGAUACACGAAGUCAACUUUAUGUAG